AGCAUAUACUCAAGACGCAUCAGUCAAGUGACUUACGACUCGUGACUCGUCAGUGGUGAGUCUUGAGUGCCUUCAAUCACAAAUCUGAAUCGUGAAUAUAUCAUAAUGCGCGCACGCUGCGUGCACAUGUAUACCGCGAUUUCACUUGGCCCUUCCUCUGCGCGCACACGUAGAUUACACGGAAGCUCAUCACCGGAAGCUUGCAACACCAUCUCGAAAUCUUGCAGCGGGGUCCAUCAACUACGGGCUGACGCUCUCAACGCGCAGACUAAAGCGAGCUGCAUCGAUCUCCUCCAAGCCUGUGUCCGUCCAGCUGGCAACACAAGGAGAGAGAGGAGAGACAAAAGAGAGAGUGAGAGACGUGCAGAGCGCACACGAUCCAGCUGGUCGCCUACCCUUUGCUUGCCAGCGAGCUCGCGAAGUCAUGGCGGCCGCCAAGGGCAAAAAGGCCAAUGGUACAAACAAUGCUGCAAAGCCCCCAGCAAGCGGUGCGACCUCCACGAAGCUCUCUGAGGAAGCUUCCGCCGCUUUGCUAGGGGUGGCGCCUGAUGCGACGAAAUUGCCCGAAGCCCUCAAGGCCAAUGCUCCGGUGGAAGGGACCACUGCAGGUGUGCCAGGCUCCAAUGAUGCUGCCGGCCAUGUCUCACGAGCGCAAGUCCUCGUGACGAAGAGGAUCAAAGCGCUCACAAAGAAGCUGCAACGGAUGGAGAGCUAUCUGAACGCGGCUCCGGAGACCCUUGACGCCAACCAGAAGAAGAGUCUUGCAUCUAGAUCUGUCAUGGAGGCAGUCGUUGCCGAGCUUCAGGAAGUGGUCAAGCAGCUUGCAGCUACGGAGUCCGAGCAGAAAGCAUCUACAGAUGCAGACAAGAAGGUCCAGAUCGAAGUUGCCGCCGCUGUAGCCCGGGACGAAGCACCGAGCCAUCAAUCCCUUCAAAGGUCCUUCUUUGCAUUGCAUUCAUACAUCGCCGAUCGAGCCGGCUGGUCGGGCGCUCCUCCGUCGUUUGCGCCUCGCAGUGUGCCUGCUGCAUUGGAGAACAUCUCCGGAGACACGACCCAAGCGAUCAGAAUCCUCUUCUUGCGUCUCACUGCGCUCCCAACUUCCGACGAUGUGGCCUCGGCAGCUGCAGAGGGGGAGAUGGAAAGACGCUUGCAAGACGCCCAGAGGGCUCUGGACAGCUUGGUAAACUCGUCUAAUGAGGCCAUUGUACCAAGACUGACGCCCACUUAUUCGCAAGUGGUCGAUUUGAUCAAAGCCCUCGAGAAGCCAUCUGCUCCUGCUGUUGCUGCUUCUGAGCCAGCCCCGUUGGUGAACGGCAGCCUGCAUCAAGAGGACGUAACACAAUCGAGCUUGAACGCUGCUCAAGACGGCGUCAACUCUCAUGGGCGCGCUUCGAACGGCAUCAGCUUCUUGCAAGCAUCUGAAGUUGGUACUAGCAACCCUGGCGAGUACAACGCACCGGUGCCAAUUCUUCAGCCUGGCACAGGUCCGAGUGGCGUUCUUGCGCCCUCGACCUCCGAAACGGCACCGGAAGGUGGAGCAGCUGGUGACCUGGAGCCUCAACCUCACGUCUCGGCAGCUGAUCCGGCGUCUGGCGCGUCAGAAUCUGUGAACGUGGUGGCGGAAGCUGGCCAACAAGACGAGGUCCAAACGAAUGGCAAAGCGGCGGCGGACACGCCCAAGUUUAAUUGGGCUGACGACGAGGGGGACGACCUCGACGAGCCACCAGCAGAGUGGAGUACUCCGGCCACUGUAGCUGGUACACCGGCACGGGCUGCUAGCGGCACUGCCACGCCGCAGAUAUCUGCUCCUACCGUUUCCGCCGCUGUGAGCCAAAAAGUUGCUGCCGUGCAGGCUGAUGCAGCUCCUUCAGGGAUGCCCGCGAAUGGGCAAGCUCCUGCGGAUUCGUCGGCUGCUCCCACCAUCGACGCUAAGGGUGUCAGGACCAGUGCAGCGCAAACACCGAACCGACCAAACGACCCGAGGCGGCCUGCGCGAAUACCUCAAGUGGAUGAUGACGGGUUCGAGCAGGUGGUGUCGCGCAAAAAUGUGCGUGCCAACGCCAACGAGCGAGGAGGUUAUGCUGGACGUGGAGGAAGGGGGGACUUCAGGGCAAGAGGUAAGGGCGGCGAUGCGAGAGGACGAGGCAGAGGUGGCGCGUCUGGAGGAUGGGUCCCUCCUGCGCCGGGUGAUCAUCAGGGUCAUCAUUUGGGUGCUCAGAGGGGAAGAGGGCAGACGCAAGGUCAACAGAUGAGGGACAGAGGUCGCGGCGGACCUGAUGGUUCGGCUGCAGCUGCGUUGAGGUGAAUGUCGCUUUUCAGGGCAUCGUCAUCAACCGAUUGCCCGAGUCAAUACGAUGCAAGCCUUUAGGGUCACAUGCGAUAGCCAUCAGCGCGAUCAAGCUCGAUUGCCCCUGCCAGCCCUUCGGUGCUUUGUAUACGCAUUUGCGCAUCACUGUCUGUACUUCUCUCCAAUGACGCUGCCGAGCAGACUUGAGCUGUUCGCACAGCAUAAUCCAACCUGGCAAGAGUAACGCGUGAAACC